CGACAAAACAUCAUGGAAAUCGAUUUGCCGACAAUAAAAUACGUUGAACGUAUUAAGAGCUCUCAGGCAUCAUGUAUCUUCCGCACAAACUGGGGUGGUAAAGACUGUAUUAUGAAAGUGGUACGCGACCAGACUUGUCUUUUUAAUUUCCACUAUCGAAUAUGCCAUUGUAUCACGGCGGCAGACUACCAUGAUGGCAAGAUCGAUCGUACCUGGUUUGUUUAUUAUGAGUACGUACACUUCCACCAUUCGCCUACUAAAUAUGCUAAUGCACAGACAGCUAAAUUGAGGACAGCGGUCUCUAAGAAUCAUCUUGAGCGUCCAACCGCACUAGCAAUCGGAUAUUCGAACAGACUUCUGACGGGAUUUAGAUCGAUUCUAGGGUUGAGAUUCUAG